AAGCUUGGGCAUGAACACGAGUGCAGCAGCGACACCGAAGCGUAAUCUGAAAUGACUCACUUUCGGUUGGAUCUGUGCGGAAGGACGCCGAAGUAGCUUCUUGGCGGGAGAGGGCGGCAGGAAAGAAUUGGGCGGGAGCCGUCCUUCAAGAGCCCUCGAUGGACAGCAGAUCCAUCGAUGUCUCGCUCGCCUACGAUGAUUUCGCAUGCACUUGCAGUAGGCACAUUGAUGGUAGCUAUCGGGCUCCUGCGUGGUAUCCACGCCGUCCCAUACUCGCCCAAAUCUCUCGAUCUCUUCCUGCCUGGCCAUCCUUGGAACACCAAGGUUGACAGCAUCCCCAAGAGCAACCAGUCCGAUGCCAUCAUCAACUGGCUGAGCAGCAACGGUGGAUGGGGCAUGGGCAACACCUUGCGCAUCGACUUUUCGAUCAGCCUGCUCACCGCCGACAAGUCGACUCCGUUUCUGUCGUGGAAGACCACCGAUGACUGGUACUCACCCGACUGCGACUUGGGCAGCUUUCCCGUGCCGGCUGGCGGAGCCUUGGAGGGCGAGAGCGGGUAUGUUUGUGCCCACGAUGGCGACUGCCAUCUGCUGGUACAUGAUCCAGCGCAUAUGCGACUCUACGAGAUGUGGAGAGCCAACUAUGCCUCCGAGCCCAGCAAGUUCCAAGGAGGAUGCUUGGCGAUCUGGAAGCUCGACCGAGUCUAUGGGCCCCAUCUCCGCGGACAAGACUGUACUUCUGCCGAUGCUGGUGGCUUUCCGAUUGCUGCAAUGCUCUUCAGUGCCGACGAGGUGGCUUCUGGCACGAUUGCGCACGCCAUUCGCUUCAUCCUACCGAACCAGCGUAUCCGACGACUCGUCUAUGCGCUUCCAGGCACCCACUCAACGUCUGCAACCAGUGCGACGAAUCCAAACGCACCUCCGUACGGGGUGCACUUUCGCCUCAAGAAGAGCUUUGAUAUGACGCGGCUCAAGAGCAGCGGGGCUCGGGUUGUUGCCAAGGCUUUGCAGACCUACGGAAUGUUUCUUGCCGAUGGCGGAAACAUGGCACUGACGGCAGCCAACGAUCAGUUUUCCGUCAAAAAGUGGACGGAUGUUGGAAUCGACAGCUAUGCCUUGGCACCGAUCCAGGUUGGGGACUUUGAGGUUGUCAACCUGAGUCCCGCAAACACCGUCCACUACGCAGAAAACUGCGUCCGCAGCUCCAUCUAGCAGAUGCCGUGUCCGGGUGCUCUCAAUGCAAAGUAAAGAUCGUGCCAUAC